CAGAAGCCCCCAAAGGACCCACCGCUGCCGUCCUCCAGGCUGGACUCAGGGAGGGGUGAGGCUGGACCGGAGAUGUCCCUGUCCCCGUCGGGAAGGGAGGGGCUGCUGUCCAGCUGUCCCACCGGUGGAGGCCAAGGGGACCCAAGGACACGUGUGAGAUAAACGAACCAGACCUCUAGACUCUGUGCAAGUCAUAUGAAAGAAAAUUAAAGCAAAGAAGGAAACAAACUCAAAAAAGAAUCAGGCAGAACAGUGGCGCACUCUCAGCUGAAAGCCUCAGCCCUGGAGCCAACAGAUUCAGACAGCAACUUUGCUUUCCAAUCAAAGAAAACUGUGUUCUCUGCUGAGGAGAGGGGAGUCAGCCCCAGAGCAAGCUCCCAGGGGGAUGCAAGUUUUACACUAAAAAGAUAAACUCUCACCCAGAGUGGCCCACAUGUGUCAUAAAGAGCCUUCAGAUGUGAGGCAGUCUUGUGUGGACAGCGUGAGGAAGACUCCGUGGUGACCUGCAUGGACCUGCAAUAUAAUCCAGUACAAGCAGGUGGAUGCUGAGGGCCAAUGAGCAGGACCAGAUGACCCCAUAGGUACUUCUCUCUACACCCACAAAAGAAAAAGCCAUGGGAAGAUCCUACAGGACUAUUCCUGUCAUGAGGCCUAAAACUCAUUCUUGAGUCAAGAAGAUUGCAGGAGCCACCUCUCAGAAGCAAAGAUCACUAGCUCUGAAGGAAGCCAGCCGCCAUGUCAAGAGGACACUCAAGCAAUCCCAUGGAGAGACCCACGAGGGCCAAGUGAGGAAAGUACCACUGGGGGCACAGAAGGAGAAAAACCAACUUUGGAAUGGGGAACAAAGCUUUCAAACUAAAAGAAAAAGGAGCGACAGAUUGUCAGCCUCCAACUAACAUCCCAACCAGGUUUAUUUGGGUGUUAUCAAUUGUACCUGCAUUUAAAGGAAACUUGGAUCUGCUGGACAAGUGAGAUGAGUGCUGUAGCCUGCAUUUAGAAGAUGAACAUGGAUUUUUCACGCCUUCUAGAGGAAAAAGAAAGAGGGAAGAGGAAGGGCAAGAGAAGACAGAUGUGAUCACUGGCAUCAUUUCACCUGGACUGAACGCUAGGCUCUGUGCCUAUAACUAUACCUGGGCUUGACCCCAGAACUGGCAAUUUUCUAAGAUCUUUAUUGAUUGCCUAAUAUUGUGGCAGGCCUUGAGCCUGGGGAUACAGUGGUGAACAAGAUAAAGAGCCUGUGCUUGAUGAGAUCAUGGUCUACUGGGAGACAAGUAAACAUUUAGAGCACUAAAUGCUCUGUAGUCUUCUGCAAGAGCAUGUUGCAGUAGGGGUGUGGGGAAAAGGGCCUUAAGUCUCAUCUGGAGGGAAUCAUGGAAAGCUUCAUUGAAGAGAGUAGCCUUGCAACAGAGACUUGAAGGUGGUGUGGGAAUUUUCCAGGUAAGUAAAUAGGAACAGGGUGUUGGAGGCAGAAGGAACAGCAUCCACAAACAGGUACAAGGGAACAUCAAGUGUUUAGGGAACAACGUACAGCUCAGUAUUACUGGCAGGUAGGAGCAGGAAGAAAAUAGAUCAUUUUGAACAAUUUUGAAGAAUUAACUUCCCCCUUUCAUUUACUCCCUUAUGCCCAAUUAGUCACCACAUCCUGUAGUUUUGUUUCCUUCUCUCCAUCUACUGCUUUGGUUAGAGCUUCACCAUGUCUGACCUGGACUAUUGCUUUUGUCUCCUGACUGGUCUCCCUGUCCCCAGUGUGCAUCCUUCCAAUCCAUUCUCCUCUUGCCUCAGCAGCUGGUUCCAAAUAAGCCCAAACUUUUAGCCUGGCUUACAGAGCCAUCUCCAUCUGGCACUUGACUGCAUCUCCAGACUUAUUUCUUGAUAAACUACCACCGUCUCAUUCACAUUUUCCCCCUCCAUUCCUUAACUAAUUUCUUAAUUUAUUUUGUCCCUUCAUUAGUUUCUCAAAAAUUUGCCUCUGUUCUUUAGCUAUUUUUUUUAACAUCUUUAUUGGAGUAUAAUUGCCUUACAAUGGUGUGUUAGUUUCUGCCUUAUAACAAAGUGAAUCAGUUAUACAUAUACAUAUAUCCCCAUAUCUCCUCCCUCUUGCAUCUCCCUCCCUCCCACCCUCCCUAUGCCACCCCUCUAGGUGGUCACAAAGCACGGAGCUGAUCUCCCUGUGCUAUGCGGCUGCUUCCCACUAGCUAUCGGUUUUACAUUUGGUAGUGUAUAUAUGUCCAUGCCACUCUCUCACUUUGUCCCAGCUUACCCUUCCCCCUCCCCGUGUCCUCAAGUCCAUUCUCUAGUAGGUCUGCAUCUUCAGCUAUUUUUUACAGCCUCCUUAGUGUGUCAGGGAAGUCUUCACCUCUGUGCCUUUGUUUCAGUUUCUCCCUCUGGUGGUAUAUCUUUCCCCUUCUCCAUCAGUGAUUCCCUACUUACCUUUCAAAACUUUCCAGACUCAGGGCCAAUGUUACCAACUCUGUAAAGCCUUUCUUGACACAUGUCUUUCCUCACUGAUUUGUAAUUCUUUCAUGGCAGAGGCAAUAUCCCAUUCAUCUUUGUGUCCUCAGCACCCAGAACUGUGCCUGGGUGAUGGUGAAUACUUAACAAAUAUUUGUUAAAUGGAUUAGUAAAAGACUUCCUAGCAGUCAUUUAGAAUUGAAUCAUGUACAGUCCUUCAUUCUGUUGUUUUCUAGCAACUGUCUUUCCUGUACAAAAUGAUGCUAAGUUUUCUGAGUACAGAGAUCCUUCUCUUAUUUUUCUUCUCCAUACUACCCCGUGCCUAGUUCUGUGCUGGGCAGCGCUCCUGCUGAUGUGCCUGUUAGGAAUUCCUGCAGAAUUCUUAGACCUGACCCUGCAAAAUAGUCUUUAGAACAUAUAAAUAUUUAACUUGAGAGUUGCACUCCUCCUCUACAGAGAAGGGCAGGAACAGCAAAGGAGGGCCCAGGGCAAAAUGGGCCAAUCAGGAAAUCCUUCUCUCUCAUCUCCAGCCCAUCCCUUCAGAGUCAAGGUCUCGUGGAGCUGAGUUUUUCUUUCUGUCCUUCACUGAGGCACCAGAAGGAAUCCUGCAAACUGGACCCUCUGCCUCCUUGUUUUCUUCUUACUCAGCACAGCUCAGUGGGGCCACCUGGAGGCUAACAGGAGUAGUUGCCCUCUAACCCUUCCUUAAGGGGACUGAAGAGAGUCCUUUCUAGUUUGGGUCCUGGAGCCCUGGGAGAGCAGGAGAUGGAGAAAACAAAUGGAAGAGAGGGCAUUGCUCUGUCCACAGUGGAGAUUGGCAUAGAGAACCCAGGGCUGGAGCUCACGGAAGAAGGAAUAAAUCCUGAGGGAACCAGGAAGACUGAAGAGCGAGGACACAGCCUUGGGGAUGGAUUGGAACCCCCCACUCAACAGAGGAGGAACCUACAGCCUUUCACCAGGGCAAGAAGUUUCUGUAAGACACAUGCUGCCUUGUUCAAGAAGGUCCUGCUGAGCCUGUUGUGUUUGGCUUAUGCUGCCUACUUCCUGGCAGCUUGCAUCUUGAAUUUCCAUAGGGCACUGGCCUUGUUCGUCCUCACCUGUUUGGUGCUUUUAGUCCUGGUUCACCGCUUUCUGAAAAGGUUCUUUGGUGAAAAAUUAACGAGAUGUCUGAAGCCCCUUGAAAACUCCUGCCUGAAGCUUUGGAUGAAACGUGUGUUCGCGGGAGUCUCCUUGGUUGGCCUUAUCCUGUGGCUGGCUCUAGACACAGCCCAAAGGCCAGAGCAGCUGACCUCCUUCGCAGGAAUCUGCAUGUUCACCCUCAUCCUCUUUGCCUGCUCCAAACACCACAGUGCAGUGUCCUGGAGGGCAGUGCUUUGGGGCCUAGGUCUUCAGUUUGUCUUUGGGAUCUUGGUCAUCAGAACUGAUCCUGGAUUUAAUGCAUUUCAAUGGCUGGGAAACCAGAUUCAGAUUUUUCUCAACUAUACUGUGGCUGGCUCCAGUUUUGUUUUUGGGGAUAUGCUGGUCAAGGAUAUCUUCGCUUUUCAGGCCUUACCGAUCAUCCUUUUCUUUGGAUGUGUGAUGUCCAUUCUUUACUACCUGGGCUUUGUGCAGUGGGUAGUUCAGAAGAUUGCCUGGUUUUUGCAAAUCACCAUGGGCACCACUGCCCCAGAGACCCUGGCUGUGGCAGGAAACAUCUUUGUGGGUAUGACAGAGGCACCUCUGCUCAUCCGUCCAUACCUUGCAGACAUGACGCUUUCAGAAGUCCAUGCAGUGAUGACUGGAGGGUUUGCCACCAUCUCAGGCACUGUCUUGGGAGCCUUCAUAUCCUGUGGGAUUGACACGUCAUCCUUGAUUUCUGCCUCUGUGAUGGCUGCCCCUUCUGCUCUUGCUUUGUCAAAGCUGGUAUAUCCAGAAGUGGAGGAGUCCAAGUUCAAGAAUAAGGAGGGGGUAAAAUUGCCCCGUGGGAAGGAGAAGAAUGUUCUGGAAGCUGCCAGCAAUGGAGCCACAGAUGCCAUAGGCCUUGCUGCUAACGUAGCAGCCAACCUGAUUGCUUUUUUGGCCGUGUUGGCCUUCAUCAAUGCUGCCCUCUCCUGGCUAGGGGAACUGGUAGACAUACAGGGACUCACUUUUCAGGUCAUCUGUUCCUAUAUCCUAAGGCCCGUGGUUUUCAUGAUGGGUGUUGAGUGGGCAGACUGUCCGAUGGUGGCUGAGAUGGUGGGGAUCAAGUUCUUCACAAAUGAGUUUGUGGCCUAUCAGCAACUGUCUCAGUACAAAAACAAACGUCUCUCUGGAGUAGAAGAGUGGAUUGGAGGCGAGAAACAGUGGAUUUCUGUGAGAGCCGAAAUCAUUACAACAUUUUCACUCUGUGGAUUUGCCAAUCUUAGUUCCAUAGGAAUCACACUGGGAGGCUUGACAUCAAUGGUGCCCCACCGGAAGAGUGACCUGUCCAAGGUUGUGGUCAGUGCCCUCUUCACAGGGGCCUGUGUAUCCCUUAUCAGCGCCUGUGUGGCAGGAAUCCUCUAUGUCCCCAGGGGAGCUGAAACUGACUGUGUCUCCUUCCUAAACACAAGUUUCACCAAUCGAACCUAUGAGACCUAUGUGUGCUGCAGAGAGCUCUUUCGGAGAGGGCCGCCUUGUAACAGCCGGAAGCGUGACGACGCCAUCACCAGCAGAACAGCCUCACAAGCAGGAGGAACGAACAGGAAAAGCUGAACGUGAUGUGGGCAAACACAAUGCUACCUCCUGGGGCCAAGGGGCACUCGCAGGAAUGGCACACAAUCUCAAAGACAAGAAACUUCUAGAAAAUGCAAGACCAGUUGUGUUGGAUCCUUGCGUUAGUAUUUACAGGAACUGGGGGACUUCCCUGGUGGCGCAGUGGUUAAGAAUCCACCUGCCAAUGCAAGGCACACAGGUUUGAUCCCUGGUCUGGGAAGAUCCCACAUGCCGUGGAGCAACAAAGCCCAUGCGCCACAACUACUGAAGCCCGCACACCUAGAGUCCACGCUCGGCAACAAGAAAAGCCACCGCAAUGAGAAGCACGUGCACCUCAACGAAGAGUAGCCCCCUCUCACCACAACUAGAGAAAGCCUGCGAGCAGCAACGAAGACACAGCGCAGCCAAAAAUAAAUAAAUAAAAUAAAUUUAUUUAAAAAAAUAGGAACUGAAAUGGGGAGAAGGGGAACUAGUCAAGACAGGAAGGCAAGUGUGGCCACAUUAAGAAAAAGAUGCUGAGAGCAAGUUCAGAAAUGGGGAAGAUAAUACUUUCCACAUCUGCUUCCUGCAUCAGGUAUUCUCUGGAUGUGACUACAACACUCUUGUAUAUAACUCUUCACUAUUUGCAUGUGUGUUUGUGUGUGUGUGUAAUAUUUCAAAGUGAUUUCCUAUAUAUCAUUUCAUUUGAUUAUCAGCCAUCUAGGGAGGUAAAAUCUCUUAUGCAAUCUAGCAAAUACUGCUGACUCUCACAGUAUGUGGGUAAGGCAAGCACAGGAUGGACCCUCAGAGCACCAAAGUACAGUGCAGGAGAGCACAGUAGAGCAUAGCAGGCCAUCCCUUCCUGUCUGGAUUACCAGAAGUGUUGCUGGGCUCUUUAUAUGUCACUGGAGAUGAAAUGUGGGGCUAUUUUCUUUCCCAAGAUGACCUUAUUGUACAUUUCCUGAAAGCAUUAUAUUUGAUGAUCCUCACAGCUUCAUAUUCAUCAAAUAUAUUGGGUUGGCCAAAAAGUUUGUGCGAGUUUUUCUGUAAGAUGUUACAGAACGAACUUUUUGGCCAACCCAAUACUUCAUGUUCCUUGGUAGUAAGCAUAUUUUGCAUGCCUCACCCAGCCUUAGCUAUGUAUCAGAAAGUAGCCAUUUAAAGCACUUUCUCUGUUUAGCCCUGAGAGACACUUGAAUUGCUAUUUUGUUUUGUUUGUUUUUGCUAUGAUAGCAAGGCAAUAUCCUACAGAACAGUGCCACAAAAAUAUUUCAAAUAGAAUUAAGGGAACAGUAGAAAUGACAAUAUGGUGAUGAUCAGAACAUAAUCUCUAGCUGAGUAAUAGGAAACAUGUGUCAGAGAAGUUACUGGCUUAUUGUUAUUAAUUAAAACAAUAAUUAACAUUGGCCACUUACCAUGUGCCUGGCAGUAUGCCAAGUGUUUUAUGUGAAUAUAAUCAACGUGAUAUUGCAAUAUGCCCAGCAUAUAGCAAACAGGAGGAGUUUAAUAGAUAUUUGUUGAGUAAAUCUGUGAGAUAGGAAUUACUUUUAUCAAUUUUACAAAUGAUGAAAAUUAGGUUUAGAAUUUUAAGCUUUGCCUAAGGUCACAUAACUAAUAAGUAACAAGUGAACCUAGCUGGUAAACUGAAAUUUGAUUGUAGCAUAGCAUACUGUAAUGGUUCAGAGUGGGAACCACAGAGCUAGUUUUGAAUCCUAGCUCUGCCACUUACUAACUGUGUGACCUUGGGGAAGUUACUUAGCCUUUCUGUGCCUCAGUUCCUUCAUCUGUAAAUUAGAAAUAAUAAUCCCAACCUCCCAAGGUUAUUGGGAGGAUUAAAUGAGAUCACACAUGCAAAGCACUUAGAACUGUGGCUGGCACCCUCUACAUAUAGCUAUUACUGUUUAGUAGAGCCUUAUAUUACAUACCAAUAGAGUUUUCUACUUUUCAAAAGAAAUUUUUAUACAUUAUCUCAUAACGUCCUUAUAAGGUGGACAAUAAUCAUUACAAUUAAGACAAUAGAAUCUCAUGGAGUAUAAUCAAUAAAAAUAUUGAAUCACUAUGUUGUACACCUGAAACGAAUAUUCUAAAUCAACUAUACUUCAAUUUAAAAAACAAUAUUAUCUCACUUAAUCCUCAUAAUAAUCCAUUUUAUAGAUUACAAGAAUCAGGCUCAGAAAGGUUAAAUGGAUUGCUAAAGAUCAUACAGCAAGUAGUUAGGCCCUGUUGAGAAAAGGUAGAAUGAAAGAUUAAAGAUAACACAGUGUCAACUCUUAAAAUAAGAAGGGAGUAGAGGGAAGACAGGGAGGAAAACAACUAGCUCAUUCAAGGCAUAAUGAAGCCAUGUACUAAAAGGGGGUGCAGGGCUUCCCUGGUGGCGCAGUGGUUGAGAGUCCGCCUGCCGAUGCAGGGGUCGCGGGUUCGUGCCCCGGUCCAGGAGGAUCCCACAUGCCGCGGAGCAGCUGGGCCCGUGAGCCAUGGCCACUGAGUCUGCGCAUCUGGAGCCUGUGCUCCGCAACGGGAGAGGCCACAGCAGUGAGAGGCCCGCGUACUGCAAAAUAAAUAAAUAAAUAAAUAAUAAAAAUAAAAGGGGUGCAGGUUACAUGCUGAGGAAAGCCAAAGGAAAAAUUGAUGAAUUCCAUCUGGAGGUGGUAUGUUUGCCUAGAAUCCAUCCCAGUGGCACCAAAGCAGGUCAGACACUGUUUCAUGGCAAUGAAACAUUGAGUCUGCUUGAAGUCAGAAAAGUUUGAGGGUCUGGGAGUAGCAGAGAAACAUGGAAAGAAGUUUCCCAAAGAAAACUUUGAAAAAUGCCUAAGCAUUCAUGACCGCUCCCACACAUCUUUUGGACGUGGGAGGGAAACAGUGACCUUCAUUUCAAAGGACAAAUGAAGUAUUCAGUAACGAGGAUAAUGUGAACAAUGUGAGAAGUGAGUUAUACAUGGCCCGAGGCAUGUAGAAAUUAUGUGAAAAUAAGUAACUAUAUAGUCAACAGAUUGUUUCAUACACCUGGGUGUGAAUCUUGGGAAAAAAACCUAGAACCACAGGUGAGAACACUUCAAACUCAAAUUUUACAGCCUUAGGGCUUAUUUGGUUCUGGACUCCCUCUAGUGGUUCAAACCUUUGGUGCUUUAAUUGGUACUCUCCAGUUCGUAGAAUCAUCAAAUUUUGGGUCAUAUUAAAAACAAGAAAAAGGACCACACAACUCCUGAGUGGUUUCCCACAAGAAGAAAACUAUGUGAUUGAAUGGUAUGAUAAUGUGGCUAUUAAGGUAGUUGAAAUAAUAGUGUUUCAAAUGGUCUGACCUAAAGGGACACAGUGGAUUUCACUGGCUGACUAGAAAAGCCAGUUAUAGUUCUGCUGAGAAUGUGUGGAUAAUAGCUGAAGUUCCACGAACAGGAUUUCUGUUUGCUUUUGUUUGCAACCUAAGGUGAGAAUUCAACCUUUUAGGGAUAGAGAGAAGUGACUAUUUUCUGGGUAUAUGGGUCCUACAAGGUCAGAGAAUUCUAGCUUGACCUUGUAUAAAGUCAACCUUUCAGACCAACCCAAAGCAACACGUGGUUCCCUUCAUAUCAUAUCCCUAACAUUGCAGCCUAUACAUCUGUUUUAAACCAAAUUCAGAAAAUUCUAAGAGUGAUUUAACUUUAUUUGCUUCCCUAUGUUGGCUUUGGUUAUGCCCCUUGGCUGUCUCCUACUUCUUGCACGUGACCACAUGAGGAGGCAGACUCUUGUGUUCACUCCAUUAAACUUUCACUUCCUAGCCAGUUCUGCAUUAUAGAUUACAUAAAUCUGCCAACUCUUUAAUAUGACAGCCCUUUGCAUAUUUAGGACAGUUAUGUCCUGUCUUCUUUCCCUUUUUUGGAUCCCCAAAGCUUCUUGGAACCAGAAUAAAAGAACCUCUGUGAGGUAGAGGUAUCAUAAUUGAAUAAUUUAAUGGGCAUUUUGUUCACAUCUUCAGAGGUAAAAACAUUGGCUUUUAAAAAAAUUUAUUGAACUACAGUUGAUUUACAAUGUUGUGUUAGUUUCAGGUGUACAGCAAAGUGAAUCAGUUGUGCAUACACACAUAUCCAUUCUUUUUUCGAUUCUUUUCCCAUAUAGGUUAUUACAGAAUAUUGAGUAGGGUUCCGUGUGCUGUACAGUAGGUCCUUAUUAGAUAUCUCUUUUAUAUAUAGUAGUGUGUAUAUGCUAAUCACAAUCUCCUAAUUUAUUCCCCCCCCUUCACCUUUGGUAACCAUAAGUUUGUUUUCUCCAACUGGGACUCUAUUUCUGUUUUGUAAAUAAGUUCAUUUGUACCCUUUUUUUAGAUUCCACGUAAAAGAGAUAUCCUAUGAUAUUUAUCUUUCUCUCUCUCUGAUUUAGUAUGAUAAUCUCUAGGUCCAUCCGUUUUGCUGCAAAAAAAAAAAAUUGGCUUUUUAUUUCAGAAAAUACAAAGCUGUUCUUGAAAAGUCUGAGUUUAGAGUCUUUGUUCUCCAAAGAGAAUAGAAAGCAAUACGAUUAAGAGAAAGAAGCAAACAGGAUGUAAUGGGUGAUUUACCCAUUUCAGGACCUCCUCCUAGUAUGCUAUUUUCUUGUUCCUUUUACGUUGUUCCACCACAGUAGUUGGAAACAUACAGCAGAGGUCUGAUAAGUGACUGUGGACUCCAGAAGUUAGUCACAGUGUCUUC